ACCCCCCGCGCGCGCCCGCCCUCCCGGCACCCCCCGCGCUGCCCUUCAGCGCGGCCAAGAUGGCGACGGCUACUCGGAUCAUCCAGCGGCUCCGCAACUUCGCGGCGGGGCGGGACCUCCAGGCCAAGCUGGCGCUGCGCUACACCGAGAUCUCCAAGAGAACCCAGCCGCCACCUCGGCUCCCAGUGGGUCCCAGCCACAAGUUUGCAGAUAACUAUUAUUGCACCCGUGAUGGACGCAGAGAGGCUUUCCCACCGAUUGUUGUCGCAUCAGCACAGAAAACCCUUGCUGCAGGGGCUCAAGCUGACAGUUCAGGGUCUGCAGUGAUAACAGCUGAGAAAAAACCUGUGACACCAGGGCCAGCGCUUAAGAAGUGGGAGCUUUCAAAAGACCAGCCUUAUCUGUGAGAAAUAAAGACAAUGAGGCUGGAGUUGCUGGAUGUACAGGUUGUAGUUCGUUAAGAAGCAGCACUGUAAUUUGGAAGCCCACACUGGAUUUAGCAACUACGAUACUGUCUGUAUUGAAUUUAUACUAGCUUUGCUGGUGCGUGACUAAUAAAUAAAAUUGAAGCUCUGA